AAGUCGAUUUCUGGUUUGCUUUCAUACGAAUUCGAAGAACGCAAACGAGCGGACGUGUGUGUCGGAAAGAAAUAUAUAAACGACGGAAGUCAAUUUGUGCUUCGACAAAGAAACGGAAAAAAUUAAAAGAGCAAAUAUAAGCUAACUAUAAUAAAUAGAAGCAAAAGCAAAUAAAAAUUGCCAAUUUACAUAAAAGUGCAAGUGUGUCGACUUAAAUUCAAGAAUAGCAAAAAAAAAUAUACUACUUAGCUAAAUAAAAUAAAAGAAAAAUCUAAUAAGCAAAAGAAACAAAUUGGUAAAACGAGUGCGAGAGAAAAAUGUGACAAAAAGUAAGCGCGACUACAACGAAUUUAAGCGAAUUAACAUAACAUGUAAAUGCGGAGCAAAGGGAACGAACAAGUGCCUUUUACACAACAACAGCAACUACCAACACCAAACCCCGACUGCUACUAACCAACAACCACGCAUUUCGUGUAAAGCAAAAAAAUAAAUAAAUAAUUUUAAACAAAUUAAUUAGAGAACAUACGCUAUAAGUAAACUAAGUGUUUGAGCAACCAAGUGGGGAUGAACUCAUUGUCUAACUUCAAGCUCCGUAGAUAGACGCGCUUCUGUUGCAUUCAAGCAGUCAGAUAGUGGAUUACUAGACAGCAAAACAAAAAGAAAUAUAUAUGUAUAUAAAUAAUAUAUUUACAUAUGUACGUGAGUAUAUGUAAGUGUAUAACUAACUAAACGUCAGCAAGCCAAGUUAUUAGUUUGGAAUUUCGGCCAAGAAAAACACAGCAAGUGUAAUUGCAGAGAGUUAAAUGAGAGAGAGAUAGAGAAAAAAUAAAACAAAGUUUGAAGCUGACGAAAAUUGAGCUUAGAAAAAGCAAAGUGCAAGUUAAAAAAAGAAAUUGAAACUAAAGAAUCAUUGAAAAAACGCGUCAGAAUUAAAGAAAGCAGUUUUUCGAAAAUAACACAGUGUGUGCUUAGAGCCCAAUAAAACAGCAAGUGCUUUAGAAUUUGUGCGAACCCCACCCCCUCAGCACCUUUACCGCGCGCCAGUGACAAAUAAGCCCCAGCGGCGGUAAAAGCAUUAACAACACCAACAACUGCAUAGUUACAGCAAAACAAUAAUAAUAGCAACAACAGCAGCAGCGUAUAAAUAAUUUUUAAAACUUAUACGGAAAAACAGCAACAACGCCAACAAACACAGCGAGCAAAUCAACAGCAGCAAACAGAUAACACAGGCGAAGCAAAAAGCAAAACACUGUUAAUUUACGUGCAAACAUACAUACAUACAAACGUACGUGUGUUUGUAGAGACAACGCGGCGUAGAGCAGAGAGAGGCAUAGCGCUCACAACUUGUCUACACAGCCACAUACAUUUGAUUUUGUGAUUCACUACGCUGUCGCUGCCUGCGUCGCAGCAGCCAAUAAUAAUAAUAGCAACAACAACAAGCACCACAAACACACAAACAGCAAACCGAAGCGACUAACGUGUGUCGUGCGGCAGUCGAGUGUGUGUGCGAGCGUGACAGCAAGAGCGUGAGUCAUAAAAGUGAAAUGAAAAUGCGGGUAAAGAGAGAAUCACCGCUGCUCGUGCUGAGAUUUAGGACAAUCAACAGCAGAAAUGAUUGUAAACGAUCGACAAUUUGCGAUACACACGGCACAGCUUCGGCACCUGAGGCAAUGCCAUCAGAAGACUGCAACGAGGAUUGGUCCUCAACGGCGCCGCAAACUGGCAAUCGUUCGCCAUUGAUGAGAAGCUGCUCCACACCAGCUGUUUAUGAUAUUGAAACCCAUCCCGCGUCACCAGUUUUCCCCCAUUUACUAUUGGGCAACGGCAAAGAUGCCAGCGAUCCGAGUAGUGUGGGCGCCAAUUGUGUUUUGAAUGUUACCUGCCAAGCACCGAGUUCAGGUCCAGCGCCGGGACUUAAAUAUAAACAGAUACCUGCCAGUGAUACGCCACAUCAAAAUAUCAAACAAUAUUUUCAGGAAGCCUACGAUUUUAUUGAGGAAGCACGCAAAACCGGCUCCCGCGUACUGCUGCAUUGUCAUGCGGGCAUAUCGCGCAGCGCCACCAUUGCCAUCGCCUACGUCAUGCGCUACAAAUCACUAUCACUAUUCGAGGCCUACAAGCUGGUGAAGGGCGCGCGACCCAUCAUCUCACCCAACCUCAACUUCAUGGGUCAACUGCUCGAAUUGGAACAAAAUUUGCGCAUGAGCGGCGUGCUGAAGCCCGUAUCGCCAGGCGCCACCACACCCACAACACCAACGUCUAGUCAAGUCGAAUUUACCAGCAGCUGUAGCAGCAGUAACGACAACAACAACACAAGCGCCAAUGCUGAGGAUGUGGACGAAACAGAUGCCGCGUUACUGCGCAAACGGCCAGGCGAUGCUAAACGCAAAUUGUGCGCCAACGAUGAAGAUGCCGCCGACGAUUUAUUCGAGGAUGCGCGCAGUACGCUCAGCAGUCACAGCAGCAACGCUAGUAGCAGUAGUAAUUGCACAAAUAGUCAAACAAUGCGUCUAACGUGGCCACCGCCCACCGGUGCACCUGCCGUACUGCUCUCACCCUGCACCUCGACCGAAGCAUCCUGCUCAUCAUCAGUCUCAUCCUCCUCAUUGUCCGCCUCCUCGUACGCUUCAUCGUCCGCCUCGACGCCGACCUCACCGUCAGCUGCGCUAACCAACACACAAUCGCCCUUCCUCAGCUACACACCGAACAACAUGCCGAAACGCCAUUCACCCGCCAAACUGCGUCUCAACUUACGUUCCACCUUCGCACCCAUACGACAGUCACAGUCGUGCAUGUCGAUACGCGAAGUGGCCGACGAAUCGUUGCCUGCAGCCACAACGAACACGACGAGCCUGACGAUAGCGGCGUCAGCCAGCAGCAAUCACAGCAUACCAUCGUCGCCGGUGGCAAUGGAUCAGGAGAACAAUGUGGUGAUGGCAAUGUCCACCAGCGAUUGAGUGCGCUAACUCUAAUAUACACGUAUGCCUACACAUACGCAUACACAUAUACAUAUGUAUAUACAACAAUAAGGAUUCACUAGUUAUACUACGUGUUUAGUACAUAUUAAGCGUGAAGUUUAAAAACUAAAUUAAAUUCAAAACAAAAAAAAUUGCAAAGCGACGUAAAAGCAAAAAAAAGAUUACCCACAACCACCACGGAAACAACUAGGCGAGCACUUUGAGAAAAGCUGUGAAUAAUUUUUAAGUGUACAAUUUAACGAGCGUACCUAACGAUUACAUACUAAGUGCAUACAUAUGUACAGCGUUGUACAUAUAUAAGUACUAUAUAAGUAUACUAGCAUACCGAUCGAGCGAAUAAACGAUCGAAGCGACACCACGCCUACUAUUACUACGUAAAUACUGCGAGUACAUUGAAAUUAAAUAACUGAAAUUUAUAAACUAUUAAAGAAAAGCGGCACAUUUACAAUAAAAACACAAUUACAUAUGUACAUGUAUGUGUAGUUAAAGAAAAUUGUUAUUUGAAAUUGAAAAUUUGUAUACAACGCCGUGUAUAUUAUAUACAGUAGUCGAUAUUUCAUAAUCCGAACAACAACCAAACAAGCAUAUUCCCAUGCGAAAUUGACAAAAUUUACAAAAUUGUGUAACAAAUAUUUUCUUUUCGAAAAAUAUUGUAACUUUUUACCUUUUGACCUAACUGUAUGUACAUAUAUAAACGAAAAAUAUUGAAAUAAACGCAAUUGAAGUAAUGUUGCAGAUGCAUUUGCCCUAAUUAAGGGCUUUCACACACACCCACACAUACAUAUAUGUAUUAAUAUAUAAAAAUAUAAACAUUGUUACAAUGAAAUACUAUUUAUUUAUAUUAUUUGAACGAUUUAAAACAAUAAAACGCUUAUUUAUGAACAUUUUGAAAACUAAAAACGAAAUUUGUGCUGAGCAAAAUGCUUUCGGGUGUCUAAAAAACCACUUCGGUUGUAAAUAUUAUAAGCGAAAGUGUUGAAUUGCAAAUGUUGCCACCUGUUUUGCAUAAUAUGCAUAUAAAUAUUUUAUUUUUGAGUUUAAAUUAUGUUAACUAGUAAUUUUACUUUAAUUUUAUUAUUUAUAAAAUUCCCUAUAACACGCCGCUAAGUCAUCGGGUUUACUUAUGUAACAGGUAAGCUUAUGUUUUUACACUUUGAAAAGCUACAAAAAUGAACUAUUUUGAAAAAUUAAAAAAAUAAAACUUAUGUCUAUGUAAUUAAAAACCUAACAAUUGAUUUUGUUGUUAAUUAUGUGCGUAAAAAAAUUAAAAAAAAACAAUUAAAUUAAGUUAAAAUUAAAAAUAGCACUUUAAAUGCAUAAAAGUAUAACAAAUUUGCACACACAAUUUGCUUAGCAUAAUUUGUCAAAAAAACAAAAAACUAUUAAUAAUAAUAAAUAGCAACAAAAACCCAUGUACAAGCAGCAUAAAAAUAUAUGUAUAUAUACCCAAAACAUAUUUAGCAAGCGAAUAUUUAUUUUAAUGCCAAACUCUUCCUAUAAAACUGUUUUAAGUUUUUUUCUUUACACACAACCACAAUACAAGCGAAAUUUUCAAACAGUUUCCAAAACACAUAAACCCGCCAACAACAAAAUGGCUGAGAACAUACAUACAUCACAGCAAAAUUAAUUUCCCCACUACAAAAAUAUAUAUCUAAAUAAUUGCAACAACAAUACAAAAAACAAGGAAAUGUAUAUUUUGAAUAAUAGCAAUUUCUGUUCUUGUCACUAUCACAGUUCAACUUAAUUAUGUAUUUAAGUAAAAUAUACCUACCUACCUAUAUGUAUAUGUAUAAUAUAAGUUAAAAUUUAUUUUUAGUGCAAACUUAAAUGUAUAUAAAUGUGUAUAUACAUAUUUGUGCAAUUCACAAGUCUCAUAAAGUUGUAAGUUAUAACGAUUCGAAAACAUAGCAUUGAAAAUUGUAAAUGCGUAAACUCAUUUUUGUAUGAAAUCCAACAACAAUUUUUUUAAACAAGUGUAAAAAUUUAUAAUUUUACGAUUUUACGAUGCUUUACGACAGGUUGUGAGUACCCCAAUUAUAAAUUAUUUAUACACCUUAUGUGAGCCGAAUUAAAACAGUGAAAAAUAUUUACAAAUUAAUUAAUGUACUUUCUUUUUGUCCAUCAUUGUCUGCUAAGGCUUUGGCACGCAGUCGGGUAUUGAUGGUAUUCAUGUUGUAGCAAUUGUAUAAGCGGUAGCUCUCAUAGCAGCGUGAACAUAGUUAUUUACGUAAAUAUAUGUAUGUAUAAUAAUUUAAUGUAAUUUGCAAUAGUCAUAUUCUUGCACUUACAUACACAUACACACUUAAUUUGGUAAGCUAGACAAAAAAAAACGUAAAAUAAUGCAAUUCAAUUGAAUGUGCAGCGUAAGCAUAAAAAUAGAAAUAUAUGUACAAAAUAAUGAUUUUGAAAAGAAA